CCGUCCUCCCCCCACCUCCCACCCCACACGCCUCCUCUCCCGCCGGGUCAGCCACGAAGAGUUGCCCGGUGGCCGCGGCAGACGGAAGCCGAGCGAGAGCUUCGGCAGCGGCAAGAAUGGGAGACUCCAAAGUGAAAGUGGCGGUGCGGAUCCGGCCCAUGAACCGACGAGAAAUUGACUUGCAUACUAAAUGUGUGGUGGAUGUUGAUGCAAACAAGGUUAUCCUCAGUGCUGUAAACACGAAUCUUUCCAAAGGAGAUGCCCGCGCACAGCCCAAGGUGUUUGCUUAUGAUCAUUGUUUCUGGUCUAUGGAUGAAUCCGUCAGAGAAAAGUAUGCAGGUCAAGAUGACGUUUUCAAGUGCCUUGGGGAAAAUAUCCUUCAGAAUGCUUUUGAUGGCUACAAUGCAUGCAUCUUUGCCUAUGGGCAGACUGGGUCUGGAAAAUCGUACACCAUGAUGGGCACAGCUGACCAACCUGGAUUAAUCCCACGACUUUGCAGUAGCCUCUUCGAACGAACUCAGAAAGAGGAAAACGAAGAGCAGAGCUUUAAAGUAGAAGUAUCCUACAUGGAAAUUUAUAAUGAAAAAGUUAGAGACCUUCUGGAUCCCAAAGGGAGCCGUCAGACAUUGAAAGUCAGAGAGCAUAGUGUGUUGGGACCCUAUGUUGAUGGACUUUCUAAACUGGCUGUUACAAGCUACAAGGAUAUCGAGUCUUUGAUGUCUGAGGGUAACAAGUCUCGCACAGUUGCUGCCACCAACAUGAACGAGGAGAGCAGCCGGUCCCACGCAGUCUUCAAAAUCACCCUCACGCAUACUCUAUACGACGUUAAGUCCGGGACAUCUGGGGAGAAAGUGGGCAAGCUGAGCUUGGUGGACUUGGCUGGUAGUGAACGAGCAACAAAAACCGGAGCUGCUGGCGACAGGCUGAAGGAAGGGAGCAACAUCAACAAGUCGCUCACGACCCUCGGUCUGGUUAUCUCCGCCCUCGCAGAUCAGAGUGCUGGCAAGAACAAGAAUAAGUUUGUUCCUUAUCGUGACUCCGUCCUCACGUGGCUGCUCAAAGACAGUCUUGGUGGUAAUAGCAAGACAGCAAUGGUGGCGACUGUGAGUCCGGCAGCCGAUAACUACGAUGAAACCCUCUCCACCCUGCGGUACGCAGAUCGCGCCAAGCACAUUGUGAACCAUGCUGUGGUGAAUGAGGAUCCCAACGCACGAAUUAUCCGGGAUCUCCGGGAAGAAGUGGAGAAACUCCGAGAGCAGCUCACGAAGGCGGAGGCAAUGAAAUCUCCGGAACUCAAAGACCGGCUGGAAGAAUCUGAGAAGCUAAUCCAGGAAAUGACCGUGACCUGGGAGGAGAAAUUAAGGAAGACUGAGGAGAUUGCGCAGGAACGACAGAAACAGCUGGAGAGUCUUGGCAUAUCCCUGCAGUCUUCAGGAAUCAAAGUUGGGGAUGACAAAUGUUUCCUUGUUAACCUAAAUGCCGACCCUGCUCUGAAUGAACUUCUGGUCUACUAUCUAAAGGAACACACAUUGAUAGGGUCAGCAAAUUCCCAAGAUAUCCAACUGUGUGGAAUGGGAAUUCUUCCUGAACAUUGUAUUAUAGACAUUACACCAGAAGGACAGGUUAUGCUGACUCCUCAAAAGAAUACCAGAACAUGUGUAAAUGGCUCUUCGGUCUCCAGUCCAAUUCAGCUGCACCAUGGGGACAGGAUAUUGUGGGGAAACAACCAUUUCUUCAGACUCAAUUUGCCUAAAAAGAAGAAGAAACUAGAACGAGAGGAUGAGGAGCAAGAUGUAUCCCCAAAGAACGACAACAGUUCUGAGCAGCUGGAUGUGGAUGGGGACUCCUCCAGUGAGGUGUCCAGUGAGAUUAACUUCAAUUUUGAAUAUGCACAGAUGGAGGUCACCAUGAAGGCCUUGGGCAGUAACGAUCCAAUGCAGUCCAUAUUGAACAGCCUGGAGCAGCAGCAUGAAGAAGAGAAGCGCUCUGCACUCGAGCGCCAGCGGCUGAUGUACGAGCACGAGCUGGAGCAGCUCCGGCGCAGGCUGUCCCCCGAGAAGCAGAACUGCCGCAGCAUGGACAGGCUCUCGCUGCACUCGCCCAGCGCUCAGCAGCGCUUGAAGCAGUGGUCUGAGGAGAGAGAGGCAAUGUUGAAUAACAGCCUGAUGCGGCUGAGGGAGCAAAUUGUGAAAGCUAAUCUGCUAGUGAGAGAAGCUAGUUACAUUGCAGAAGAACUGGACAAAAGAACAGAAUAUAAAGUUACUCUACAGAUUCCAGCCUCCAGCCUGGAUGCCAACAGGAAGCGAGGCUCUCUGCUCAGUGAGCCUGCCAUCCAAGUGAGAAGAAAAGGAAAAGGAAAGCAGAUUUGGUCUUUGGAAAAACUGGACAACAGGUUGUUGGAUAUGAGAGACCUUUAUCAGGAGUGGAAAGAAUGUGAAGAAGAUACACCUGUAAUACGCUCAUACUUCAAGCGUGCUGACCCAUUUUAUGAUGAACAGGAAAAUCACAGCCUCAUUGGGGUGGCCAAUGUUUUCCUUGAAUCUCUUUUCUAUGAUGUCAAGUUACAGUAUGCUGUGCCAAUUGUCAACCAGAAAGGAGAGGUGGCAGGUCGGCUGCAUGUGGAGGUGAUGCGAAUCAGUGGUGAAAUUGGGGAAAGAAUUGCAGGAGGUGAAGAUGCCACAGAUGUGUCCUUGGAGAAGGAGGCCACAGAGAACAGACUAGUCUGCAUGGUUAAGAUACUCCAAGCCACUGGGUUGCCACAGCACCUGUCCCACUUUGUAUUCUGCAAAUACAGCUUCUGGGAUCAGCAGGAGCCAGUCACCGUGGCCCCCGAGGUGGACACCUCCUCCUCUGCUGCUGGCAAGGAACCCCACUGCAUGGUUGUUUUUGAUCACUGCAAUGAGUUUUCUGUUAACAUCACCGAAGACUUCAUUGAGCAUCUUUCGGAAGGGGCAUUGGCAAUUGAAGUAUAUGGACAUAAAAUGAAUGAUCCUCGGAAAAACCCAGCCCUAUGGGACCUGGGAAUCAUUCAAGCAAAAACACGUAGUCUUCGGGACAGAUGGAGUGAAGUUACCAGGAAGUUGGAAUUCUGGGUUCAAAUCUUAGAACAGAAUGAGAAUGGUGACUACUGCCCUGUAGAAGUGAUUUCUGCAAAGGAUGUCCCAACAGGAGGAAUCUUCCAACUCCGACAGGGCCAGUCCCGGCGAGUCCAAGUUGAAGUGAAGUCUGUGCAGGAGUCUGGGACUUUACCGCUAAUGGAAGAAUGUAUACUGUCUGUUGGCAUUGGCUGUGUGAAGGUCAGGCCACUCAGAGCCCCUAAAGCUCUUGAGAGCGUCCAUGAGGAAGAGGAAGACAUGGACAGCUACCAGGAUCGUGAUUUAGAGAGACUACGUAGAAAAUGGCUGAAUGCGUUAACAAAACGUCAGGAGUACUUGGAUCAGCAGCUCCAAAAGCUUGACAGUAAACAUGAUAAAACAGAGGAUGAUACUGACCGUGAGGCACAGCUCCUGGAGAUGCGGCUGACUCUCACUGAGGAAAGAAAUGCAGUGAUGGUCCCGUCUGCUGGCAGUGGGAUUCCAGGGGCCCCUGCAGAAUGGACUCCAGUGCCUGGGAUGGAAACCCACAUUCCUGUUAUAUUCCUUGACUUAAAUGCUGAUGAUUUCAGCUCUCAGGAUAAUCUUGAUGACCCAGAAGCUGGUGGGUGGGAUGCCACCCUGACCGGCGAAGAAGAGGAAGAGUUUUUUGAACUUCAGAUUGUAAAACAUCAUGAAGGGGAGGUGAAAGCAGAAGCCUCCUGGGACUCAGCAGUGCACAACUGCCCCCAGCUCAGUAAAGGAACACCUGGUGAUGAGCGAGUGUUCCUGAUCGUGCGUGUGACAGUCCAGCUCAGCCAUCCCGCCGACAUGCAGCUGGUGCUACGCAAGAGGAUCUGUGUCAAUGUGCACGGCCGGCAGGGUUUUGCUCAGAGUCUCUUAAAAAAGAUGUCUCAUCGAAGUUCUAUUCCUGGCUGUGGAGUGACUUUUGAAAUUGUUUCCAAUAUUCCAGAGGAUGCCCAGGGAGUGGAAGAGCGAGAAGCAUUGGCAAGAAUGGCAGCUAAUGUUGAAAACCCUGCCUCUGCUGACUCAGAGGCUUACAUUGAAAAGUACCUCAGAAGUGUGCUGGCUGUGGAAAACCUCCUGACUUUAGAUCGUCUUCGCCAGGAAGUUGCAGUCAAGGAACAAUUAACAGGAAAAGGGAAGUUGAAUAGGAGGAGUAUUAGUUCUCCAAAUGUGAACAGAUUGUCUGGAAGUAGACAAGAUCUUAUUCCAUCAUACAGUCUAGGCAGUAACAAGGGCCGAUGGGAAAGUCAACAGGAUGUGUCCCAAACAACGGUUUCCAGAGGAAUAGCUCCAGUCCCUCCAGCCCUGUCUGUGUGUCCCCCAACUAACCAUUCUCCAGAUCCAGGACUUGGGAGCUUCGCUGCCUCCUAUCUGAAUCCAGUGAAGUCCUUGGUGCCACAGAUGCCAAAGCUGCUCAAGUCCCUAUUCCCUGUCCGUGAUGAAAAAAGAGGCAGGCAGCCACCACCCCUGCCACAGCAGCCCGUGCCCCGAAUCAUGGUGCAGCCUGCUUUCCCGGACGUCCGGGCAGCCAGGCCAGAGCAGGUGCAGCGAGAAAUCCCCGGCCCCAGUGUGUCUGCCGAAGUGAUGGCGCCCAUGAUGGCCCCUGCCAUGAAGAUCUGUGACAGACCAGUAAAAGUGUCCUCACUGCCACCUGCCCCCACUGCCAUCACCACCCAGGCCCCGGAAGGACAGGACGGGCCUCCCAGCCCUGUGAGCGAGGCCUCCAGUGGCUACUUCUCGCACAGUGUCUCCACUGCCACACUGUCUGAUGCACUCGGCCCAGGCCUUGAUACCGUGGGCCCAGCCAGUGGCCACACGCCUGGUUCCCCAUCCGUGCCCCUUUGUGCUGCCACCCCGGAGGCUGAGCUCCCACCCCUGCCCGCUGCUCCCUGUGACCCCCAGUGGCACCCGGCUGCUGCAGGGCCCAAUGCUCAGCCCAGCACCAUAGCUGUGCUGGAGCCAGCAGCCGCGUUGGAGUCAACAAGACCCGAGGCCCAGGCCCAGGCCGAGAUCACCCCCAGCUCUGAGCUCGAGGCCUCCAGACCUCAACUGCCUCCGGACCUCCCGCCCCAGGCUCCCUCCUCUCCCUUCCGAAUCCACAAGGUGCGGACCUCUGAACUGAAGUCCUUCACCUGCAUGCUUGGUGGCGACUCCGGGAGUUCCUCCAGAGCCGAGGAGGACAUGCUGGCCAUGGGAGCACCCGGAGGGGUGGCACAGGCCCUGGCCAAGCCAGACAUGGCCUCAGAUUCUGAGGAAGCCAUUGAAGUCCCCGAGUGGCUCAAGGAGGGGGAAUACGUUACAGUGGGCACCAACAAAAUGGGCAUCGUGCGCUACAUUGGGCCAACCGACUUCCAGGAGGGCACGUGGAUUGGCGUGGAACUUGACCUACCAUCGGGAAAGAAUGAUGGCUCCAUUGGAGGGAAGCAGUACUUCAAGUGCAACCCUGGUUACGGUCUGCUGGUGAGGCCCAGCCGGGUCCGCAGGGUCCCGAGCACCGUGCGGCGGCGCAGUGUGGGACUGCGGUCACAGGGUGCCCCCGAGGCCCGCCGGAGUGCCACGCUUUCUGGCUCUGCCACCAACCUGGCCUUGCUGACGGCUGCCUUGGCCAAGGCUGACCGGAGUCACAAGAACCCCGAGAACCGGAAAUCCUGGGCCAGCUGAGCCAUGGCCUCCCCAUGGAUGGGAGCUGGGCAGCCGGCCCUGGAGCCCUGCCAGUGAUGGCCCCCAGGAGGUGGGGCCGGCUGGUGCCGCAGGGUAGUGAAGGCUUUUUGCACUUUUGGGGCUGGUGCCCUCCCCAACCUCCCUGGAAUUCUCCAUUCUCGUCCCCUUCCUUCUCUGCCUUGCCCCGCACUGCCUUGUACACCUCUUUGGGU